AUGGCAGAUUUUAUAGCAACUAGUGCUCUUGGGCUCCUCACAAAUCGAUUCGCUUAUCAUUCUGGACCUUUGGAUGCAAAACUUGAGCUGACAGCAUUUUGGGCACCAUUUCUCUUACUGCACUUGGGUGGGCCUGACACAAUCACGGCCUAUUCUUUGGAGGACAACCAGUUAUGGUCGAGGCACUUGCUUCAAUUGGUUGCCCAGACAGGAUUUGCAUUUUACAUCCUUUUCGCAGGGUGGAGAGGGUCUCGUGUUUCAUUUCUAACCAUUCCAAUGAUGUUGGCAGGGCUUAUCAAGUAUGGAGAAAGAACAUGGGUCUUGUGGUCUGCAAGCUAUGAGCGUCGUAAGGCAUCAAUAUCCACUUAUCAUAUUAAGUUGCAAUCUUAUUCUGAUGUUCAAGCUGAUUCUAAUAUUUCUGAUGACAAAUUACUUCAAGUCGCCGAUGAGAUGUUCAAGAUGGCUAAGCGUCUCUUUGCAGGUGUUCCAAUAACUGCAACUGAACCGUCCGUUUUGACCUUCAAUCUUUUGGAGAAAAUAUGUCCUGAAGAUGCUUUUAAGGUAAUUGAAGUGCAGCUUGGAUUUAUGUAUGACAUUCUCUAUACAAAGGCACUUGUCACCUACACCCGCUAUGGCAUUGGCUUGCGGUUCUUGAGUUUUCUUCUCACCAGCUUUGUGCUGGUGUUAGUUUCUUGGGAACCACACAAAACACACAAGUACUCAAAGGUCGAUCUUUGCACAACCUUUUUAUUACUUGCUGUGGCAAUUGUUUUAGAGCUUUAUGCAGCACUUUCGUUGCUAUUGUCAGACCGCACUCUUGUCUGGUUGAGAAAAGAUAACGUAAGUAACAUCUUACGAACCAUUACUUCUCUCCCACUACUUCGAAAUCCUAGAUGGUCGAAGUCCAUGGGUCAAUACAAUAUGGUAAGCUACUUCCACAAUGAAAAACCCUUGGAUUUCCGUGGAAUUCUAAACCUUUUAAAACUUAACCAACAGCUAGAAAAACAACGAUAUGCAGCUUAUUGUCGAGUCCCAGAGGUUUUGAAAAAAUGGCUAGUCAUGCAUUCCAUGAAACAUAGGAGAUUUUUGAAUACACAUCCGGGAAAUGCAGUUACAAUCGGGUCUUGUAGAGGAGGUGUCACGUUAGCAGAUUUGGAAACUCUGCUAUCACCUAGAUCAUGGCUAUUUCACCAAAGAAAAAAGGAAACCAGACGAGCCAUGGAUGAGAAUGAUAAUGUCGUUUUAAACUGGAAGAUGAGCAAGCGCAUCUCUAGAUAUAUGAUGUAUCUCCUCGCCAUUUCACCUGAAACGUUGCCAGCAAGUGGGGCAAUUGGUCAGAUCAACUUUAAACUCACUUGUGAGGAAGGCAGGAAAGCUAUGGAAUCAUUUAAACCACAAGCAGAUGAUCAAGUCGGCACCCCGAAAGAAAGAAAAAGCAAGAUUAAAAUCGAGGCCUCCAAAUGGUUGUUAGAUCAGCACAAAGAUUUAAUUACCGAUGAACCACGUCAAAUGAUGCAACACCUGAAUGGAUCUCUUUUAUCCUUAGGGUGCAAACUUGCCCAGCGGCUGAUUAAGAGGCAGGAAGAAGACGAAGAACCGCAGUCUAUGGAGAGAAAAUGGGAAUUAAUCGCCAGAUGCUGGUUCGAAUUCCUACUCUAUGCUGGAAGAAAAUGCAGCAGAAAUCAGCAUGCACAACAACUCGGACGAGGUGGAGAGUUUCUCACUCAUUCCUGGCUAUUCUACGAGGAGUUGGCGUUUCUCGAUGAACGGUCAACCGCAAAUUCAACUAGCAACGUUUAG